AUGAACCCAUUGGAUGUGAUAGGUUCAGACGGGAAUAACCAUGUGUCCAAGCAACUGCCUUUAAAAACGGCGUCGUCCUGCUUUAACAGUUCCUUUUCUUCGUUGACCAAGCAAUUCACUCCAGAGCUUUUGAAAUCGGACAAUGAGAGCGUUGAAAGUCUAGCCAACUAUCCAUUACUGACAGACAAUCCUUCGUUGGUACACCAAUGGAAUCAUGAGUAUUCUGUUGUCUGUGUGAGCGUUAGUUCUUCCCGUGGAUUACUGUUCUGUGGCACUCAAGACGCAAAGAUUCUUGUGUUUGAUCUGAACACAUAUGAAAAGAUUCACGUUUUACAGGCUCAUGAAGGUGCCGUUUUGUGUUUAGAAAUAUCAGCAAAUGAGAAGUUUCUUUUCUCGGGAGGAAGUGACUCUCUUCUGAGAAUUUGGGACUUGGAAACCAUGACUGAACGGUUCACUAUUUAUUCAUUAAUGGACAUUGGCGACAUCUUUAGCAUAACUUGGAUCCAAGACUUGAACAUGGUUUUUUUUGGAACUCAAAAUGCUUGUAUAUUGUACGCUUAUGUCGAGGUAGACGGUUCCUGGAAGAACGACCCAAGUUUUCUGCCGGCAAACAGAUAUGACAACUUUUUUGAUUCGAAAGGUCCAGGCGGAAACAUGAACCCCAAACAAAGUAAAAAGAACAAACAGCACACUUCUCCAUUGGUCGAGGUCGACACGUAUAAUAUUUUACGAUAUGCGCACAAUGGUUACGUGUAUGCUAUGCAAUCCUUUAAGAGAACUCCAGAAACUGUGGAGAUAUUUAUUAACAUUCCCAAUAUUUAUAAUCAUAUCCUAGUCUCAGGUGGAGGGGAUGGUCUCGUGAAACUGUGGGGUGUUGGUUCAGAUAGAUCCGUAGUGGCGUUGCAUGAACUUGAUAACGAGGAUUCUGUUCUCAGCAUGGUCAUCUCAGGGUCGUUUCUUUAUGCUGGAUUAGUAGACGGACAAGUAAACCUUUGGGAUUUGGGAACUUUUCAGCUAAUCAGGUCCACCAAGACGGAUGAAGGGGAUGUUCUUUCCUUAGCACUUUACGCCGAUUGCCUUUUCAAGGGAACUGAACAUGGUAUCACGAAAUGGAAACUGCAAGGAGCUAGAAGAACAGAUUGGGUGACUCAUGAAGGAUAUGCUCUUACUGUGAAACUUUUUGAAAGGCAAGGAAAUCCCUAUCUUAUCACAGGCGGAGUUAAUAACCGCCUUGCGUUGUGGUCUUUGGAUGGGGUUUAUUCUGCAUCUAAAAGACGAUCACUUUCAUUAUCUAAAAAGUCAAUUCUACCAUUGGACAACGACUCUUUAUUACAAACACUAGCCAAAUUUGUGUCCUAUAAAACUGUUUCGAAGCUUCCUCAAUUUUUUAUUGACGAUUCCCGAAGAUGUGCCUCCUUUUUGGUUAAUCUACUGACCAGCUUUGGGGCUACUGCUCAGCUAAUUCCCGUGAAGAACGGUAAUCCUAUCAUUCAUGCAUGCUUCCCAGCACAAGUAAUUAAUUCUGCUAAAAAGAAACCAAGCCGAAUUCUCUGGUAUGGUCAUUAUGAUGUGGUAAGUGCGGAUCAAUCCAACGGUUGGGUUCAAGAUCCCUUUAAGAUGUCUGCCAUGGAUGGGUAUUUAUAUGGAAGAGGUGUAACCGAUAAUAAGGGUCCACUUUUAGCUGCAAUUUAUUCUGUUGCAGAGCUCUUUUCCCAAGAUGCAUUAAAGUCAGAUGUUGUUUUCCUUAUUGAAGGUGAGGAAGAAUCAGCCUCUUUUGGUUUCCAGGAAGCCGUUGGAGCUUAUAAGGACGUUGUUGGAGAGAUUGAUUGGAUCUUCCUUAGUAAUUCUUAUUGGAUUGACGAUCACCUUCCCUGUAUAAACUAUGGGUUGCGUGGAGUUGUUGGUGUCAAAGUUGAAAUAUCUAGUGAUAAACCUGACAGGCAUUCUGGGGUUGAUGGAGGAGUGUCUAGGGAACCGGCCGUUGAUCUCGUAAAACUGAUUUCUAAAUUAACAUCUGAUGAAGGAAGGAUACUUUUGCCAGGGUUUUUUGAUGGCUUGAAUCCACCCUCUGAAGAAGAGGAAAAAGACUAUGAACGAAUUUUGGAGAGAGCAAAGAUAAAAUCUAGUAAAGAAAUGUUGAUGGCCAAAUGGAGAUAUCCCUCAUUAACUGUGCAUAAGGUGACAGUUUCCGGUCCAGGAAACAAUACGAUCAUUCCACAAAUGGCAUCAGCAGCUAUAUCAUUACGCAUAACACCAGAACAAAAUCUAGAAUCGGUUAAAAACAUGCUUGUAUCCUUCUUAAAGGAUAAGUUUAAGGAUUUGAAGACAGAGAAUGAAUGCAAGAUUUCUAUAACCCAUGAAGCAGAGCCAUGGUUAGGAGAUCGAAGAAAUACUGGUUUUCAAGUACUGGAAAAUGCCAUUAUCAACGAAUGGGGCAUUGAACCAUUGUAUAUCAGAGAAGGAGGAUCUAUUCCUUCCAUUAGGUUCCUUGAAAAGGCCUUUGGUGCCCCAGCAAUACAUUAUCCCUGUGGUCAAGCUUCCGACAAUGCCCACUUAGAUAACGAGAGACUGAGAGUUCGGAAUCUUUACAAAUCUAGAAAUAUCUUGAACAGGGUUUUCCAAACGUUGUAA